AUGGCUUCGGCCGACCCGGCGCCUGUUGAUCACGACCGCAAAGGCAAGGCUUCGAAACGCUCGUCCAACUCCUACACCAGUGAAGAGUGGCGAAAACACCGACCUUUGAUCACCCGGCUGUAUUUCGAAGAGGGCCGCACCUUGAAAGAUGUGGCCGAAUACUUGAAACGGGAAUUCGCCUUUACUCCUACUGAGCGUAUGUACAAAAGUCGCCUCCACACAUGGGGUCUAGACAAGAAGAAGAAAGAGCAUGAAAUGCUCGACCUGGUCCGUCAAGGCCUACAGCAGAAAGGAGAUGACAGGGAUAAAGUCUUCCUCGUACGGGGAAGGCAGGUCACUCUGGCCGACGCUCUUCACUACUUCAAUCGUAAAGGUAUCAAAGACCCUUCCAGUCUGUUAGAGCCUCAAGCGGAUGCUCCUGGCGAACUCUCCUCCCCGGAAGAGGCGGAGGCCAAGACUCCUCUCUCCUUUAACGACGAGAUGGUCGAGCCACCACUUGACACUUCUGACUACGAAUUCACACGAAGUCCUAUGGAACUGGACAGUAACGACAAGUCGAUCAUGCCUCUCGCUAUCAGUCCGUCCGAUGUAGCGGAGAAGCGUUUAGCAUCGUUACAGCAAGCCUUGAAUAUAUCUCAUCUCCACCCUAUGCCGCCAUUCAGGACGUUGGCGGUCGAGGCAACUGUGGUGCAGCCGCCUAACCUGACCCCAGCCGAUCAACGGUUGUUGGACACCCUAUUUAAAAACAUGCAGAAACAUUAUAUGAAUUUGUUCACUGCGAGAAACCUAUCUAUCGGCAACACCACUGGUACGUGGACUGCCACUUCCGAUGACGCUCUUGCGGACCGCUUCUACUAUUCCAUGUACCAUGGCUAUUCGUUCUUAUGGAACGGGCAAAGAGAUCGAGCUUUCGACAAUUUCUACAAAGCAUUCGCUCUCGUCGAGGGUCUCCUAAAGGACGACCACGUCGGGUUCAUGAUUUAUAUCUUCGACCUGAUAAUUCGACACGAUGGAACGGGAUACGAGGAGCCAUUGCUGAUGUUACUACAGCAUCUUGCAGAUUUGGCCAAGGCUACACCCGAGUCAGAGGAGCAUCCAAUCUACCUCAUCGCCAAUUAUAUGUACCAUUCCACCACGUCUCGGGCGUGGUUAGCAGAAGCCACACUACGACGGCUACUAGAUUUCUUCCAGGAUAGCAUAGGAUAUUUCCACCCCGAGACGAUUGCAUUGUUGCAGACAUUCGCCACCGGUUUAAUGAAUAGAAAGAGAUAUGCAGAGGCGGCGGUACGAUUCCAACAACUGGUCGAUGCAUUCGAAACCACGAUGAAUAAAACCUGCUACGAGGUGUGCUACGCAUUGCGAUCGACAUCGGAAGCAUAUUUCCAUAUGGAGCAGUAUGAAAAAUCAUUACAAGCACUCAAAGCGGCACUGGAAAGGGCAGAAUGCUUGCCGCGACCGGAAGAACGAGAGAUCUACGUUCGAUGCCUGAGGGCAAUGGCUGAAAUCUGCAGCAAAAUAGGACGGAGAGACGAAGCGGUCGAAACCAUGCGCCAUGUUGUUGAUAUUUGUCGGGAUGCCUUUGGUCCCGAACACCCCUUUUCCAAUCGAGCUAGGAUGCAUCUGAAGUCGAUGGCAAAAGGCGAAGAUACGAGCGAGGCGGCCAUUCCACCCAUGGUGUAUAGACUGGGUCGAGGCGGGAGUGCGGCCAAAUACAUCUGGAUUUCGCGGACCAGUCCUACACGGCUGCAGGCUUGA